UUCAUCAAAAGAUUAUCCUCUUCUGGCGUCCCUUCUCCUGAUUUUGUAUCACGUGGGGAAGAGGAGGGACCUAGCUAAAGAUGGCGCUGUCGCACUUCAGGAAAGGUCCAUUCUUUGGGUUUUAUAUUCGUUAGCAGAGUGGAUAGCCAUAUAUUGCCUGGGGGUAAUCUCGUUCAAGGUUAGUGUGUCCAUUAUGACAUCAAAAACUAUACAUGAGGAGGCCAGCAUUAUCGCGCUCUGGGCACAGAUUCUUCUCUCAAGCCUCGGCGGAUGCGAUACCAUCACUGCCUACUCCUUGGAAGACAACGAACUGUGGGGACGGAAGUCUCUUGCAGCUGCAUUCCAAGUAGGGGGAUCUAUAUUUCUCAUACCACUCGCAUGGCAUCCAUCGGACAACUACUUAUCCUAUCUAAGCAUAGCCAUGCUCGUGGUCGCGGCUUUAAGUUGCUUCGAAAGGGUGUAUGUUCACUAUAAGGCUAGCAAGAAUGCACUUACAAAGUCCAUGCUCUCUCCACCUAAUCCUGGUCCAGAUUAUCACAAGUUCAUAGAGGAGUACUCUUCAAGGAAGGAGGAGGGAUAUCGGAUGACCCUUUAUGAGAUUGCUCAGAUCCCAGACCCCACAAGCACUCGACCUGAGCAAGAUACAUCCAAUGAUGAUGCGGCAAAUCUUGUCCAAGCAAGGGCACUGUUUCCCGUUUUCCAGCAGCUUUUCGUGGAUCUCAUUCUAGGCGAUAAUGACAUGAUUGCGAGCAUCAACUUCUUCUGCGGCUUGACACCACUGAAUGCUUUCAGGAUAGUGGAAAUGGAAAUCCAAACCAUGUCCCAUUUGCUCCACACCAAAGCUAAGGUCCUUUGUACUUGGUGGGGUGGCCUUCUUCGCCUGAUAACUAUUUUAAUGUCCUCAACAGUUCUAGGUUUUUUCGUCAAAUUAAUGGUUGAAGAUCACUCGAGUUUGAAGUAUGAAUGGCCUGACAAGAUCACGACAUUGCUGUUGCUGAUUUGGACUGUUCUUCAGGAGUCAUCCUUCAUCCGUUUUCUGGGUGAAAUACAGGGUCAGAGAGGCUACUUCCAUCCGCUUUAUGUUGUACUACCAGUGUCCUCAUACAAGUGUCCUGCCAAUCUACUUAUUUCAUCUCUUAGAAUGCUAGUGCAAAUUGGGCAAUAUACAGGAAUCCUCAUCCGUAGAAUGACCACCUGUAUCUGCCACAUCAACUGCCGCAUCGACAAGAACAACAGCUGGUCGAAUUCCAUGGGGCAGUUCUGCUUGCUCGAGUAUUGCAUCAGAAGGAAAAAGGGGUGUUUGUGGAAAAUGCUCGAGUAUUUUGAUGUGGACAAGGUCAUCUUCUACACACCAUACAAGGAAAUAGGCGAGGAUCUGAAGCAGUUCUUAUUUGAUAUGGUUUGCAAGCGGAGCCAUAUCAUCCAGGAGAAUCUAUACAACAGGCUGGGGAUUCGAUCCCCAGCUGGUCAGUUGAUGAACCAAAUUACGAGCACUGCAAUGACAGCGAGAGAUCUGCUCAGGCAGAGCAAUCUCCAUUACCUGGAUUGGAGUACAGAGUUGGAGUUCGAUCAUCAGAUCUUAAUUUGGCACAUUGCUACCGAUCUAUGCAGCUAUGAAGAUCGAAACUGUAAUGAGGCCAUUCUCAGAAACAUCAAGCUGAGCGAGCAACUUUCGCGAUACAUGGCCUACCUCCUGGUCGAUUGCCCUUUCAUGUUGCCCAGAGGGAUUGGUCAUAUCAGAAUCCAGGACACUUCUGCCGAGGCAUCACGAGUCUUUGGUGGAGGAAUUACCGGUUCCAGAGACAAUCACCUCAAUGAAGCAUGUAAGAGGCUCCUUCGGGUGACUGAAAUGGCUGAAAUGAAACCAGAGCAGGUAAAGGGCAGCAUCAGCAAAUCUGUUCUGUUUGAGGGGCACAGGCUUGCGGGGGAAUUUCAAUACGAUCGCAAGAGGCAUCGUGGCAUGAAUGCCGCGGAAUUCCGCAAAUUCAAAUGGGAGACUAUCGCAGGGGUCUGGAUUCAGUUCUUGCUCUACGCUGCAAAAGAGUGCAGCGGAGAAUCUCAUGCCAAGCAGCUGAAGGUUGGAGGAGAGCUUCUCACACAUACUUGGAUGAUGAUGGCACAUUUUGGCUUGACCGAUCACUUCCAGAUGCGCCAGGGCUCCUUCAUAACCAAUGUUGUAUUGCAAUGA